AUUCGCGGUUUCAACAUGGACGCCGUGUUUGAGCAAACUGCUUUAUAUCAACCUGCUGCAAACGGAAUUUAACGUCCCUGCUUGAAGCGCGGGCUUUACACUGGUCCGAGGUGCUCGCGUUUGGCGCGUGAGUGGUCGUUUGGACGUGAUUGAAUAUGAGCUCUGAGUGUGCGUGACCAGAUGGACCCCGGGCAGGUCACCGGGGCGCACGGAGAGGUCAGCGGCUUACCUGCGCCUGUUUCUGCCCACGUGAGAGACGAGAAGCUCCCGGAGCUCCGGACGUACACUGUGAUUACAGAGUGGAGUCAGAGCGACCUGGUGCGAGGGUCAAGACUUCGCUACUCGCAGCAGUGGACUCUGAUCGCAGACAGCAACGACCACAAGAGCAUCAGGACGGUCCUUCCACCAGGACCCUGUGUACCUGUGUCUGGAGAGCUACUGAGUGGACUCUCUCCCGUUCAAGGCCUUCGGGCCGUUAUCAGGGAAACAAGUGGCCACCAGCUCCUCGAGAUUUGGGACCGUCACGGCCUCAGGAAGUGCCUCAACCUGACGGCUCUCAACAAACACGGCCGAGUGUACGAUGACGCCCAGUUUGGCUGUCUCUCAUGGUCGGAGUGUGAGAACAAGCUGCUCUAUGUAGCUGAGAAGAUUAAGAACACGUCGAUAGCAGCGCUCGAUGGGGAACAUGCAUUCAGGAAGGACAGGAGUGUGUACUGUGAAGACUGGGGCGAGACGCUGACCAAUAAGAGCGUCCCGGUGGUCUGUGUGGUGAAUCUGCAGUGUGGCUCCGUCAGCGUCCUGCAGGGCGUCCCGCUCGAUGUCUCCCCUGGACAGGCUCUGUGGGCUCCCAGCAGUCAGUCUGUGUUUCUUGUCGGUUGGUACCACGAACCUUUCAGACUCGGACUGCGGUUCUGCUCCAACCGCAGGUCUGCGUUGUUCAAACUCGACCUGAAUGGAAACUGCGAGUGUCUGUCUGGAGACAACUUGUCAGUGUCCUGUCCCAGGCUCAGUCCAGACGGGUCCACGCUGAUCUACCUGCAGGGCAGAGUGUUAGGACCUCACAAUCAAUGCCUCAGUCUGCAGCAGUUGGACCUUAGCAGCAAGAGGACGUCCACCUUGUUGGAUGUUGUCAACAAACCACAAACUGGUCAGUGCGCAGGUGUGUAUGAAGCUCUGCCACCCUGCUGCUGGUCCGCAGACAGUCAGAGACUGGUGUUCAGCAGUGCACGAAGAAACUGGAAGGAUCUAUUUAUGGUCGACAGAAGAUCCAACAAAGUUACCUCCCUUUGUGAUAGUCUCUCUGAUCUUCAGGCCUACGGCAGCUGGAGGCUGCUGACAGUCCAGGAGGACCUGAUGGUCGUCUGCUGCUCCAGCCCAAACACACCGCCUACGCUGAGGGUGGGUUUCCUACCUUCAGCAGGUGAGGCUGUGACCUGGCAAACUCUACAGCCUCCCGUCUUGACCUUUGACUUCCACUGGAGCGUUUUGGAUGUGACACCUCCACCAGAGGAGGACAACACACACUACCCUGGUUUAGACUUCGGGGCCGUCCUGGUUAAACCUUCUCGACCCCCCAAUGAAAACAAGAUGCCUCUGGUUGUCUUCAUCCACGGUGGGCCUCACUCCCAGUUCCCAGCAGAGUGGAACUGCACCACAGCUGGAUUGGCUAAACUCGGCUUUGCUGUGCUCAUGGUGAACUAUCGGGGGUCCACGGGGUUCGGCCAGGACAGCAUUUUAUCCCUAAUCGGUCGGAUCGGCAGCCAGGAUGUAAGAGAUGUGCAGUCCGCCGUUGUCACCGCGCUGCAGAGAGACACCUCCCUCGACCCCGAUCGUUUGGCUGUGAUUGGCGGUUCUCACGGGGGUUUCCUCUCUUGUCACCUGGUUGGUCAGUACCCGGAGUUCUACAGAGCGUGCGCGGCCAGGAACCCCGUCAUUAAUGCCGCUACUUUACUGGGCACCAGUGACAUAGUAGACUGGCGUUACACCAGUGUGGGGUUUCCAUACUCGUAUGACCAGAUCCCCACCGCUGAAGCGCUGGCUGCCAUGUUGGAGAAGUCACCCAUCACACAUGCUGCUCAGAUCAAGGCUCCAGUGUUACUGAUGCUGGGAGGCAGAGACAGGCGAGUGUCUCCUCACCAGGGCCUGGAGCUCUAUAAAGCACUGAAGAGCAGAGCUUCACCUGUCAGGUUGUUGUGGUUUCCAGAUGACGGACAUUCUCUGUCCAGAGUGGACACACAGGCCGACUGCUUCCUCAACACAGUGCUGUGGCUGCACCAGCAUCUCUGAACACACACACACACACACACACACACACAGGCUUUUGCUUGACUGCUACCCAUCCAAACCACUCGAAUGUUCCUCCCUCUGGGUCUGCAGGCGUUACACCAGUGUGGGGUUUCCAUACUCGUAUGACCAGAUCCCUACCGCUGAAACCCUGAAGUCACACAUGCUGUGAUGAAGCUUUGCUGAAGGAGUUCUUUAGCUUACAAAAGAGGAUACAAUGGUUUACUAUCACAGCAGUUGACAAUCUUGAUAACACCCAUGCCUUUUUGAAAACCAAAAAUGUCCACUCAUCUAUGUGACGACUUUGUAAAAACCAUGACAAAUCAAUCAAGUAGUAAAACAAAUAUCUUGAAAACCAGUUUUAAUUGGUAGAAUCAUCUUUUGUUACUCAUUACUACACAACAUCAGAGCUAUUACUGUAUAAAUGCAUUUAUUCAUUAUUGUCUGCAGGCUGGUAAAGACAUUUUAAUGUCAGAUGUAAUUUGCACAGUGUCCAGCAGGUGGCAGUCUCCAUCAAGAGUUUUGAUUUUUAAUCUUUAUCAACCUAGCUUUGUGAUUUUGAUAUGGUUGUGUUAGAACUCUUCAACACAAUGUAAUUUAUAUUGGUGAUUCUGUCAGCAUAAAAUCAAACUUACAUUAAAAUGAGUAUCUCUGUUUCAUGGAAGUGAGAUCCUCGAUCAAUAACUCAGCAUCUUGAUUUUUUCCAAAAAGGGAAAGAAAAAAACCUUGAGCUCAAUGUGUAAAGUAUACAGUAACAUAAUGAUUGGCAUCUGACGCCCUUCAACCACACAGACCCGCUGUACGACAUCCGCGCCUUUAAUUUAGGCUUUUGACCACCUUCGGCCCAGGACUGCCUGAACAAAUACUGUAACCCUUUAGACCCGUCAACUACUACAGACACAUGAAAUGUCUUUCUAUCUCUGGACUUCUUGUGAUCAACUCUUAAACCAAGGCCUGCUUUUCUUGUGAAAAGAACACAGGCAGAAUGUUGUCUGUGGUGGCCACGUUGGGACUUGAUAGCGCCGUGAACAACGCUCUCUGAAGCUGGCGACAAAUUAAAUUCCCACAUGUGAGUAAGUGUCCGAGAUGAGAGCCCGAGGUGGUUUUCCCAUUAACACGUUGCUCUGCGGCCUUGACUGCAGCUGCUGCCCGACGAUGAAGUCGCUCUAACGUGGGUGCUGGGUGAGCUCAGCAAUUUUAAAGAUGGAGGGACAAAAGGAUGGCGAUAGAGGGAGAGACUGUUGACGAGGAAGCGACAGAUAAAGAAAAGAGUGACACACAGGCGACUGGGUGUUCAAAACAAUGAAGGAGCCAGAUGGAGGGAGAAGUUCACGGCGCCACGCUGUGGUAUUCUGGUGUGUGGGCAGAGGCACAGAGAUGGCGUAUUGUUGAGAGCUAAAGACGGGAAAGACUCAUGCUCAUGCUGGGUGUAUGUAGGAGGCACGCAGACAAAGGGAGGAAAGAGCGUGAGUGAGUUUUCUGACGUUUGGGGGACAAAGAGUCUUUUGGACUUUGUUCUGGUGCUUCCCCUCUCCAGCCGGCUAUAAAGAAAGAGGCCGGACAGCACAGCCGAAGACGAUGGAAAGGAGCUAAAUACAAUUUGAUAGGUUACACUGUCCCGCAAACAGGCGAGGGAAGGUGUUAUUUCAAAAGGGGGCAUGUGUUGAAACGGCAAAUUUCAUGACAAAUCCUCUUAUCGGAACACACUGGCUUGAGGAUGUGGCUUGGGAGGGAAGCAAAUGGACCAUGCAGCUGCAAGGGGUUCAAUCCUAUGAAUUUGCUUGGAAAAAAUGCGCAAAAGUGGCAAUUUGCAUUGCCACAGUGUGAUAUGUCCUUUAAUUUGUUUCAUACAAGAGGAAGCUCUCCUAAUGUUGACGAAAAGAUGCCCAGAUCCUUUUCAGCAGGCUAGCUGGUAACCCCUGUUAGUCUUUAUGCUAAGCUAACUGACAUAUUUAAUGUAUCACAAGAUCUUAUUUGAUUCUUGCAAGAAGGCACAGUUAGAUUUGUCCUUUUAAAGACAUUAAGCACUGCACUAGAACUGAUUUUCCGGUCAUUGAACAGACAGCCGAUGGGAUAGAAAACAGGGAACCUGUACACAGAAUACAUUUUAUCUGCAUCUGAAGAAUAAUAAGCAAUUCGAUGGAGGUUGAAUUUAGACUUUAAUUGCAACAUCUGCAUCGCUUCACGCGUUGUAAAGUGGGAUCUUCCCCUCUUGUCAUCUACUCCUCUGUGUGAUGACCUUCGGCGGUGGACACACAAGGUGUUGCGUGUUCAUGAGUGUGUGUUUUUAAAAAAGAGCCAGUAGUCCGUCUGACUUGCCAUGAUUCUUUUAACGUUUGUCCUUCAGCCUCUUCUUUCUGGUUACGUUUUCCACUUGUCUCCCUUCCUUUAAACUCCCUCCAUCCUGGUUAUGUUCUUUGUGUCCCAGUUUUUACCAGGAAAGCGGCAUUAGUGUGUGUACAUAGGAUUCAUUCAAUAGCCUGUGAACACGGGGGGGGGGGGGGGAUUCAUCCCUUUGACUGUUAGAAAGUUGUUUGAACGGCGAGGCCUCCGUCAGGAAAGGACGGGACAUUCUGUUGUGUCAGCGCUUCGCGUAGUGCAACCUUCCACUUAUAUUUUUUUAUUUUUAUCCUUGUCAUUAUUUCUCUCUCACCUAGUCCUUCUCUGACUUUUUGUCACUAUGUUUUUUCUCUUAGUAAAUCUUCCACUGCCACAUACUUUGUUAAAUGCUAACGUAUCACAACAGAACCGUGGGUUUCUCUCCAGGAUUCAGUGGGUUUGUUGUCUAUAACAGGUUGAUCUAUUGUC